AUGGGUGCAUACGUAUCAUCGGGUAUUUAUCAUGAAGACGAGAAAGGUGUACCGGAUUCACUGUUUCUUGUGUUCAAUUAUUCGGAGCAAUCCGAAGAUGAAUACAGACAGCUGGAUACGGAGAAUGACCAAAAAGGAGAUACGGCUGUCGAGCAUAUCUUCAAGAAAACCAAAACUGUAUAUGGUCAACCGGCGAAAGAUAUGAAAGGUAUAAUGAUCGACUGGGCAAAAGACUACAAUAUAUCGUUAACGAAACGGCCGUGUCCAUACGAUUUUCCGGCAUUUGAGGCCGACAAACCACCCGAUUAUGAUGAGAAGGUGAUUAGCUUCGAUUCGCAUUUUGUCGUCAAUCGAAAAUUGAGUUGGGACACUAGGAAAGAAGCAGAACCGUACGAAAAACAAACCAGUGAUGCUGCUGGUGGUAAAAAUGCUGCUGCUGAUGGUUCAAAGAAACGUUCACAACCUAAGAGAAAAGGUUCGCGGUCACGUUCACGAUCGAAGAGUAAAGGCAAAAAGGGCCCUAAAGGCAAGAAAUCCGCCGACGUUGAUAUGGAUGAAUGCAGUUUGGAGAAUUGA